AUGCCUACAGGAACAACAAAUAGAGCCCAACAGUGCUCACCACAAAGUCCUAAUUGGAGCCAGAGAGCUGCCUCAGUUCCACCACAGAGCAGAUCAGCACGAAGUCAGCCUCGCACCACCAAACCCACCCGGUCCGAGGACAAACAAAAGCCACGGUGCAAGAACACGGGAGGAGCGCGCCGCCGGGACGGGGACUGGAGGCACCGGGUGAGGAAGAAAGGACCAAGCAGCCCGGGGGGGCCACGCACGGCCGGGCCUCAGCUCCGAGCCGCCCGAGAGCAGGCGGCAGCCCCGUGGGUGCAGGUGACGCCGCACCGGGGCGAAAAAGGGGAAGCGGCGGGCGACCCGCGUCCGGCGGUCACCCGAGGACACGUGUGGCCGCCGUUACGCAAAGCGGAGCAGCGCUCUCCUCCCGGCCCCGCCCGCGGCGGGGCGGCCCCCCGGGCCCCGCGGCAGGCACAGGCGAGCACCCGAUCCCCGGGGCUGGUCUGCACCCAGCCCGGCGGCCCACGGGGCAGGCAGGUAAGCGCCGCCGCAGCGCGCGGCCGAGGAAGGGCGGCAGCCCCUAGGGCCUCGCGGGCCCCGUUCCCGCGGGCGGGCGGUAGGCGAGCCGCGCGCUCUCCCGCGGGGCUGCGUGACGCCCUCGGUGGCUCCGCUCCGUCUCGUUCUUCCCGCCCGGUGAAGACGCGGCGCUGCCGGAGACGGCCGCCCCCGCUUACCUGCCCGCAGCGCCUCACCCGCCCCCCUCCUGCCUCCCGCCCGGCGCGGUCCGCACAGCAGCGCGCCCCGUCCGCGCGGCAGCCCGCAGCGCGGCGCGAGGCACCGGCUCCAACCGGCGCUUCUCGGCUCCGGCCCCGCCCCGCCGUCACGUUACCGCUCGCGCCGGCCAAUGGGGCGCGUGCGGCGGAACCGCUGACGGGCCCCAGGGCGGGGAGGCGGCUCCGGCGGACAAAAGCGCCGCCGCGCCCGGCCCGCCCCUCGCCGCGCACCUGCGGCCCGCCCGGUAGGGCGGUUCCCGCCCAGGUCCCCUUCGCGCCGCAUCGCGCCGCGCGGCCGGGCCGCGUUGGCCGCACGGGGCGGAAGCAGCCGGGGAGCGAUGAGAGGCCCGUGCCGAGGCCCGGCCGGAGCCGGGGAAGUGGCGCGGAGGCUGCCGCCUCCCCCCCCCGCGUUCAGACUAACGGACAAGGUAAAGUGGGAGGUAAAAGAGGUGAGAAAACAACCGUUGCCGGCCGCGAUCAUUAA